AUGGACAUUGGAGUAGGGUAUGGUGCACAGCGCGGCCCGAUGCGGAGGCAACUAGCUCGUACCGGUAACAAAACCAAGCUGGUCGGGGGUGUGCUCUUACUCUUCUUUCUGUGGUUUUUCUUUGGCCGCAAAAGCCGUGGGGCCCAGGAGCCCGCGCAGGAACUAAAUGACGUGCAAAGUUUGAUCCAAGAGCGAGAGAUCCGCCGCGAGAACAUCCAGUACCUUAAUUUCCGCAGGCCGUUCGUCAAUCCGGCCACUCUGGCGCUGAUAAACUACGACAAUGGCGGAAAUAUGGUGAUGAAAAAAGACUCUGACUACGUGCGUCUUGUGUCCGAGCGGCCUAAUUCCGUCGGGUACGUCUUUUCUCGGCUGCCGAUCUCGCUUCAGGAUGCCGACUCGUUUGAGGCGAUCGUCGACUUCAAGAUCCAUGGCCAGCAGACGCGGAUCUCGCUGAUUGGCGACGGCAUGGCUUUCUGGCUCACGAGCCAGCCGCUGAGCCAGGGCGACAUGUUUGGCAUGCAGGACGACUACCAUGGGCUUGCAGUGAUUGUGGACACGUUCAAGAACACGCCGGGCAAGAUGCGUGACAACAGGGGCGCCAGCAGCUUCCCAAGGGUUUCGAUCCAGAGCAACAAUGGGUUUGCAGACAAGUACAACAAGGACGACGACGGGACGGCGACGGAGAUUGGCAGCUGUUCGCUGCACAGGGCGUACAACACGCGCAUGGACGCGCCCUCGCGAAUGCGUGUGCGGUAUAUCCGGUCGUCGGGGUAUUUUAGCGUCGAAUUCGAUAUACUGGGCAACGACAACUGGAAAACCUGUUUCAGCACGACAGAGCUUGCUGCGUCGCUCGUCCCAGAGACGCCAUACGUGGGGGUCAGUGCAGAGACGGGCGAGCUGUUCCACAACGUUGAUCUGUACGGCAUAGAGGUGAACUCGCUCAAGGACUCUGCGGGUCGUCCUGUGCAGUCGAUCGACGCGCUGAUCGACCGGCUCGACGACAGAAUCGACGCAGAGACAAAGGAGAACGAGGCCAAGAGACGGCACCGGCGGUUCAACAAGCCCAAGAAGACCAUGGGUCGGCGCUCCGCGAGCCGGCUCAGGCGGGCUGAAGAGCGCGCCAAACAGCUUAACAAGGAGUUGUACAACGACGAGCGGGGAGCCAUUGGUUAUUUCUUCAACCUUCUGUGGCGUCUGUUCACGUACACUCUGUACACAGCCAUGGCUGUUGUUCUAGCGUAUAUUGGUCUUCUGGGCUAUCGCGUUUACCGCGACAAGCGCAAGAGACGCAACCAGCGGGGAUUACUGUAA